AUCCCUAGUGUGGGAUGACGUCAAAUUCAAGAUGGAUGGAAUCACGACCAGCGCGCAGAAAUCCACACAACACUGAAUAAAGUCGCGGCUGUGUGGAGGAAAGAGCAUAUUGACGACGGGCAGGCCAUGGAGAGCCUAGUGCAUUACAGCAAUCCCUCCCAUGCCCUCUCUGCGUUAGGGGUUCUGAAUGAGCAGCGCCUGCGGGGCCAGAUGUGUGACGUGGUCCUGGUUGUGGCGGACCAGAGAUACCAGGCCCAUAAGAGUGUGCUGGCCGCCACCAGUGAGUAUUUCCAGACCAUGUUCACUCAAACGGACGCUGAGUCGCUGAAAGUUGUGAACCUGGACUUCUGUGAGCCGGACGCCUUUGAGAUAGUUCUGAAUUACAUUUACUCCUCCUCACUAUUUGUGGACAAGAGCAGCCUGGCAGCCAUUCAAGAGCUGGGUUACAGCCUUGGAAUCCCUUUUCUCACCAACAUCGUGUCAACAAGGCCCCAUGCCUCCUACUGUGUGUCUAGAAAGAGGCUUUCGUUCUCAGAGGGCGAGGACAACGACCUGCAGACAAGGAGCGUCAUUGUGCGUCGGGUCCGGAAUGACACUACCCAUCCCUCCCUCCCGAAUUAUCAGAGAAAAGCAUCAGAGAGAUCGUAUUCUCCCCACUCUGCACCAGAUCCCGCUGUGCCUGAACACAACUCGUAUGAAGCUCCCAGACACUCUGAAUCCAGCAGUUGGAAAUUGUCACAACAGAGUGAAGCUGCUGACAGGAAGCCCAUCUAUCCCUACACCUCCAUAUUAAAAGGAAACGCGUCGCACGUCGCAUCCGUUCGGCCCCAGCUGACGUCAUCGGUGUCUUUCAGCGAUGCAGAAGUGCAGCCCACCAGGCUGCAGUCUGGUACUGACGUGGGCACUAAAGAGGAAGAGGAGGAUGUGCUGCAGCCCCACUAUCACACCAAAGUGCCCUUCCGGGGUCAAGCCACUGAGGCGAGCCAGACCAUUGACAGGAGCGGGCCGCUCAUUAAAAGCCUACUCCGGAGAUCGCUGUCCAUGGACAGUCCGGUUCCGGUCUUCUCGCCCACGCUGGAGCUCAAGGGGCUGCACAACCGCGAACAGUCGGUCGUUAAAAUGGCCUCUAAAGCAUCCGGGCCAGAAACACCAACUCACAAUGGCGAUUCAAAAAGAACAUCUCCCCUGGUUCUCAGGUCAAAGUUCCCCAGCGAGUAUGAUGAAAAUACUCAGGUAAAAAGAGAGCCCAGCAGUCCACUCGCUGACCCCAUGGACAUUGUUCGAAUUACAGUUGGAGAUCCGUUGCCGGUCAAUCUUAGAGACUUGCAAACCAAUUACGAGCAAGACACUACGCAGGACUUCAAUCCCUUUGGGAAAAGAAAGGAUAGAGCAGACAACCGAAGAUACCCAUUCAAAAAGAACAAGAUAUUUAAGGAGCAUACCCUCCCACUUGAUGUGAACAUGUCAGAAACAGGGUCGCAGAGUGCCGGCAGCGACUCCAAUGAAAACAGAGGAGAGAUGCCCCAGAACAAGAUUUUCAAAUGCUGGAACUGUUUGAAAGUUUUCAGGUCCAGCGCUGGACUACACCGUCAUGUGAAUAUGUAUCACAAUCCCGAAAAGCCGUUUGCUUGCGACAUUUGCCACAAGCGCUUCCAUACCAACUUUAAAGUGUGGACUCACUGCCAAACUCAGCAUGGCGUGGUGCAAAAUCCAGCAUCGUCCUCCAGCUCCUCCGUGCUGGACGAGAAAUUUCAGAAGAAGCUGAUAGAUAUUGUUCGAGAGCGGGAAAUCAAGAAAGCCUUGCUUUGGAAGUUGAAGAGGAAUAAGCAGGGUCUGCAAUCUCCUGCUCUCGCCAAGAAGAGAUUAAGGCCUAGCUUCAUAUGUCCUUACUGUGGGAAGAUAUUUGUGUUCCAGUCUCAGUACCGACAGCAUUUAAGAACACACCCUGCUGAAAAGCCAGACGAGGACACCGAGAGCAUCCUUUACCAGGAACGGGAGAAGACGGAUGCCGGCGUUUACUCCUGUAGACUCUGCAACAUGAAGCUGUCCUCCCUCUUCGAGCAGGGAGACCACGAGAGGGGCUGUCGACACGCAACUGUGUGCCCCUACUGCGGCCUGCGCUUCUCCAGUCCGACCGUCAAGACGGACCACGAGGCCCAUUGUAAGUACAAGAAACUGACGUGCCUGGAGUGCAUGCGGACCUUCAAGUCCUCCUUCAGCAUAUGGCGCCACCAGGUGGAGGUCCACAACCACAACAUGAUGACAGUCAAAGACCAGCUGCAGCUCAGGCAGCAGGAGAACAAUGCAGAGGCGACUGAAAUGCUCGAUGAGGAGCAUUACAGUGACGAGCUUCUGGUGCCCGGGAGCUCCAGGGAGGCCAUCGCUUACAGCGACUCCUCAGGUCCCCCCAUGUACGAUUCGGAAGACUCGUCAUCCUAUGUGCCUGAGGAUCUGAGCAUGGUCCACCAUGGAAAGCUGGUGGUGAAAGAGGAGCCGUUGGAGGAGAACGUGAGUGAGAUGGAGUACUCUCAGUCUGCCAGAUCGGGGCCCGAGGAGCCCGGCGUGUGGCCGUGUGAGAAGUGUGGAAACCUCUUUAGCUCUCGCAAAGACCUGGAGCGGCACCAGGAGUUGCUGUGCCACAUCAAGCCCUUCAUCUGUCACAUCUGCAACAAAGCCUUCAGGACCAACUUCCGCCUCUGGAGCCACUUCCAGUCGCACAUGUCGACCGCUAGCGAGCCUGGAGCCAAAGAGGCCGACAGGGACCCGUCGUCUCUGUCUCCCUCACCGCCCACGACCCCUCAGAGCGCAGAGCGGCCCUCCCCUCAGGCCUCCGCGCUCAAGUCCGCCCCGGCGGGCCCAGUGGCUUCCGUAAUGGCCGAGGAGUCCAGCAGCCCGGAGCCCUGCGGCGCCUCGGCCGGAACGUCAAAAAUGCCUGAGCUGGAGCAGCAAUACGGCGGCCACAGUCCUCUGUCCAGGUCAAACAGCGUGGAGAAUGCAGGCUGCCCUCAGGAAUCCGACACGCUCUUCUAUCACGCGCCGUCUCUCUCGGCCCUGGCGUUCAAGAGGCAGUAUAUGUGUAAACUCUGUCACAGGACCUUCAAGACGGCCUUUAGUCUCUGGAGCCACGAGCAGAGUCACGGCCACGUGUAAGCACGUUAUGGCGGUGCAACUCCCUCAAGACAAUACUUAAUGUCAUUAGAAUGAACACACCUCAGCCUACAAAACUCCGAAUGUAUAGCUUGUUUGCUUGCCUCCAAUGUUUGCAUUGAAGUGGUCAUGUUCAUUAGAGGUGUAAAUGUGAAUGUGCAAUCAAGUGCUAGAUUUCUCUGUGAGACAAGAUGAUUCUGCUUUUAGUUGUUUCUUCACAAAUGAGUUAUAGCAUUUAUCUAUUUUAAAUCUCCUUUCAGUUGUUUACUUGUAUUUAUCUAUAUAGGUGUUUUCGAGUAAACAAGGUACAGAGUUGCACCAGCUGUUCUAUUUUUUUUUACAGUGGCGGCUCUGUGCACUGUUUUCUCAGAGUGGAAAAAGUGCUUCAGAUUGGAUGGAGGUUACAGGUGAGAAAGUUAAAAUUAGAAAGUUGUGCUUUUUGACCCCUCUAUCAGAUCUAUAUCUUGCGUGAGCGACAUUCCUCAAGAUAACAUUGAUGGCCUCAACAAUGACUCUCAAUAUGCACUUUGUUCGACAGCACUGUUCCAAAUGUUCCAUCGGAUCCUUUUCACCGACUGAUAGUUGUUAGGCUGAAUAGUCUCAAUGUUAAAUAGGUAAUUUUUAAGUAAUUGUGACUCUACACGCUUAGCAUUCCUCUGCAUUAGCGCUCUCGCAUCUGAGUUUUCCAUUGCAUUUGCGUCAUUUUUAUAACGGCUGGACUGAAUAAGUAACAUCUGUAUAAUGAACAGUCACAAACUGUACAUGAAACGCACCUCCGACACCUCUUCAAGAUGGCGCCUUGAUUAAUUGCGUACAGUCUCUGUGCAGUUAUUUUCGUUGGGAUUCCUCACUUUAGCCGAGACUAACAUAUUUUUCUACGUACACAAGUGAGUUAAGUGCAAUCAAAAGUUUUAACAGCAGGUUAAUGACUGAAUCAUUUUAAAUGUUGCUGGUGAAAAUGCUGAAAAACUCAUUUGUAAAAGGUGCUUUGACCAGCUUAGUAAUAAAAAAGGAUAUUUUCAGGGAAGAUAAUGUGCAUUUUAUUUGAUUAGUAUCCUAUAAUGUCAUUCGGACUUUUAAGAGAAAUGUUUUAAAAACCACACAGAAGUAUUGUUAUACUCAUGUAAUAUAAAUUUAAUGAUCACAAUUUGUCACAAUUUCGGAAUCACUAAAGUGCACCCCUCCCUCCCAGUGCAAGCCAGUGUGGUAAUUAACUAAGCUUCACAACGCUUUGAUGGCCUUAUGCAAUUUUGGAACUAUUUUGUCAAUAUCAAUUUACACAAAAGCACAACAGAGUUUUAAAUGAUUUAUGACUCAGGCUUUUCAAGAGGGAAGCAUGAGGAAGCAAAUCUUUUAUUCUAGGAAUGGUGAGAAAGUGAUCCGGCUCUCUAAAGAUUUGUUGUGUUGAUUGUAUUCCAGUUGUUUCACAAAUGUAUUCUUGUACAAGUAUAUAGUUAUGCUUUGGCUUGAUGGAGUAGACUUUUGUCAUGAAUUAUUACAAUUUCUUAAAUUUGGGAGAGGUUGCAUUCAGCUCCACACAGAUGGUGAUGUUAAAUUAUUUGGAGAACUUCUUUGUUGAUAAUAGUGUUCUUCAUUUCUUGUGAUGAAAGACGUUCUAAAAGUUUCACAGAAAUUAUUAGGAUUGUGUACAUGGAAGUGUUUGUAUCCUCAAUUUUGUACCAAUUUUGUUAGUAAACAAAAGUUUUAUCUUUUUAGUAUUCCUGUGCUCUCACUGCAAUAAUUAAAAUUUGUAUCAGCAUUGGUUGUAUUAAUGUUGCUUUUGGAAACUUGCAGCUGUUUUGUGUUUAGGUUUUUCUACAGUUUUUGUGCUUCAUUCCUGUAAUAAAGUAAAAAUGAAGUGUGUGUAUAUAUACAACCA